AUUGGCAGGCGCAGGCGAUUCCUUCAAACGGCAUCUUUUCACUUCAGAGUGCAUUCGUUAUGCUCCUCCGUAGAGUUGUCAGUCAGUCGCUUAAAAGAGAUGUUCAAUUUCGUCGUUUUGCCGGUACACUGAGUUUGGAGUCUCCUGCCAGUUUGAAUUACGUGGAUGAUCACAGAAUCACGGCGAAUAACCCCGACAGAUCUCUGGAUUUUAAAGUCUACGAACCCGCCACAGGUAAACUACUAUGUACCUGUCCAAGUUCGAGUCAAGACGACAUUGACAAUGCAGUGAAAAGUUCUCAAGAUGCGUUCCAUAUAUGGUCAUCGUAUUCUGGAAGUGAGAGAGCAGCUGUUCUGAGAAAAGCCGCAAAAAUAAUUGAGGACAACCAUGAAGAUAUUGCCCGUACCGAGGUUAAAGACAAUGGUAAACCAAUCUCUGAAGCCAGAUACGACAUAGUGACUGGCAUAGAUACUUUGAAUUACUAUGCUGGACUUGCCCCAACCAUUGCAGGGCAACAUAUACAGUUACCAGGGGGAUCAUUUGCAUAUACUAGAAGAGAACCACUUGGAGUUUGUGCUGCGAUAGGUGCCUGGAAUUAUCCAUUUCAGAUUGCUUCCUGGAAGGCGGCUCCCGCACUGGCUUGUGGAAAUACCAUGGUAUUCAAACCGUCUCCAUUAACUCCCUUGACAGCAGUAGUACUUGCUGAAAUAUUUACAGAGAGUGGUCUUCCUAAAGGAUCAUUCAAUGUAGUACAAGGUGGUGCAGAGGCUGGUCACAUGCUUAGCUCUCAUCCUGGAGUUGCUAAAGUUUCAUUUACUGGCAGUGUGCCCACAGGAAAAAAGAUUAUGGCAAACUGUGCAGAAGAUGUGAAACAUGUGACUUUGGAACUAGGAGGAAAGUCUCCUCUCAUUAUAUUCCCCGAUUGUGAUAUGAAUAAUGCAGUUAGCGGAGCACUAAAUGCAAACUUUCUUACUCAGGGAGAGGUUUGUUCAAAUGGUACCAGGGUAUUUGUUCACAAAUCUAUCAUGAAGUCUUUCCUGGAAAAAAUAAUAGAUCGAACAAACAACAUUAAGUUAGGGGACCCUAUGAAAGAUGAGACAACUAUGGGAGCUGUGAUUAGUGCAGAUCAUGGAAAGAAGAUUUUGAACUAUAUUUCAGGAGCACGGAAGGAGGGUGCCACUGUACUAUGUGGUGGUGAAAAGGUCAUACCAAAUGACUCCAUGCUUUCUGGUGGUUUUUACAUCUCCCCAUGUGUGCUUGGGGACUGUCGAGAUGACAUGACUGUUGUCAAAGAAGAGGUAUUUGGUCCUGUCAUGUCAGUGUUAUGUUUUGACUCUGAGGAAGAAGUUAUUACCAGAGCUAAUGAUACUGUGUUUGGCUUGGCAGCUGGUGUUUUCACUAAUGAUCUGAAGAAAGCACACAGAGUGAUAUCUAAACUGGAAGCUGGUACCUGUUGGAUCAACACGUUUAAUUUAACACCAUCAGAGAUACCAUUUGGGGGUUACAAACAAUCAGGUCUUGGCAGAGAGAAUGGAUCAGUGACAAUUGAGUAUUAUACACAACUGAAGUCAGUCUAUGUGGAAAUGGGGAAUGUGGAGUGCACUAUGUAAAUGAGCUGUCAUACCUAUGUACAUUCAGUCGACAAAGGUGUAUACCUUAAAGACAUUGAUGGAUACGAGACAUUCUUGACCACAUUCAUUACGAC